UGACCUAUAAAUAUGACAAUCACCUCCCGGAUCAAAUGCUUCGUUUGGGACAUGGUACGAGUUAGAGAUUCUCUCCCCAAUUUUCCUUGUUCAUUCACUGUUGCUUCCACUUAAUUAGUGGGAACUGAGAAAGAUCACGUCUUCUCCAUUAAUACCCACCAGCCAAAUUCUGUACUUUUGCUUAUUUCCUGUUUUCAGGGUUCUUUUUCUUGCUCUCUAAUGGCGCUCUGUGCAUUCUCAUUCCCUGCUCAUGCCAACCGAGUUCCAGAUCCUGCAAAGUUCAGUUCUUUUUCCGCUACGGGAAGAGAUCUGCUUUCCCUGUCUCCCCACAACGUCAAUCAGGGACAGGCCAAGAAAAGGGGUAAUGGUGGGGUUUAUGCAUCAUUGUCAGAAAGAGGGGACUAUCAUUCUCAGAGUCCCCCAACUCCUCUCCUUGAUACCAUCAACUACCCAAUUCAUAUGAAGAAUCUUUCACUCAAGGAGCUGAAACAACUGGCAGAUGAGCUGAGGUCUGAUGUGAUCUUCAAUGUCUCCAAGACUGGAGGCCACUUAGGCUCCAGCCUUGGUGUUGUGGAGCUCACUGUGGCUCUUCACUAUGUCUUCAAUUGCCCUCAGGACAAGAUUCUUUGGGAUGUAGGCCAUCAGUCAUAUCCUCAUAAGAUCCUGACUGGGAGAAGAGACAAGAUGCACACUAUCAGACAGACAAAUGGACUUGCUGGCUUCACAAAACGGUCCGAGAGUGAAUAUGAUUGCUUUGGAACCGGUCAUAGCUCCACAACUAUCUCUGCUGGCUUAGGAAUGGCUGUGGGAAGGGACCUAAAGGACAGAAAGAACAACGUAGUUGCUGUGAUCGGUGAUGGAGCGAUGACAGCUGGCCAGGCUUAUGAAGCCAUGAACAAUGCUGGUUACCUAGACUCUGAUAUGAUUGUGAUUCUCAAUGACAACAAACAAGUCUCUUUACCUACGGCUUCUCUCGACGGACCUAUACCACCUGUUGGAGCUCUGAGCAGUGCACUCAGUAGACUGCAAUCGAACCGGCCUCUCAGGGAACUAAGAGAAGUUGCUAAGGGAGUCACGAAACAACUUGGUGGACCGAUGCAUGAAUUGGCAGCUAAGGUUGAUGAGUACGCUCGUGGGAUGAUAAGUGGUUCAGGAUCAACCCUUUUCGAAGAGCUUGGUCUUUAUUACAUCGGUCCAGUUGAUGGCCACAAUAUAGAUGACCUUGUGUCAAUCCUCAAUGAGGUUAAGAGUACCAAAACAACCGGUCCAGUCUUGAUCCAUGUUGUGACAGAGAAAGGCAGGGGAUAUCCCUAUGCUGAAAAGGCUGCUGACAAGUACCAUGGGGUGGCCAAGUUUGAUCCAGCAACGGGAAAGCAAUUCAAGUCAAGCUCUCUUACUCAAUCAUACACCACAUACUUCGCAGAGGCUCUAAUUGCAGAAGCUGAAGCUGACAAAGAUAUUGUAGCAAUCCAUGCAGCAAUGGGAGGUGGGACCGGGCUGAACAUGUUUCUUCGCCGGUUCCCUACUAGGUGCUUUGACGUUGGGAUAGCAGAACAACAUGCGGUCACAUUUGCUGCCGGGCUAGCCUGUGAAGGACUCAAACCGUUUUGUGCUAUAUAUUCAUCUUUCAUGCAGAGGGCUUACGACCAGGUAGUCCAUGAUGUUGAUCUACAGAAGCUUCCUGUGAGAUUUGCAAUGGACCGAGCAGGGUUAGUUGGAGCUGAUGGACCGACACAUUGUGGAGCUUUUGAUGUCACUUUCAUGGCAUGUCUUCCCAACAUGGUGGUCAUGGCUCCUUCAGACGAGGCAGAGCUUUUCCAUAUGGUCGCUACUGCUGCUGCUAUAGAUGAUCGCCCUAGCUGUUUUCGGUAUCCGAGAGGCAAUGGUUUGGGAGUCGAGUUGCCACCUGGAAACAAAGGAGUUCCCCUUGAGGUUGGGAGAGGGAGGAUACUUAUGGAAGGGGAGAGAGUGGCACUUCUGGGAUAUGGAACAGCAGUGCAAAGCUGUCUGGCAGCUGCCUCUUUAGUCGAACCUCAUGGAAUCCGGCCAACGGUUGCAGAUGCUCGAUUCUGCAAGCCACUGGACCAAGCCUUGAUCAGGAGGUUGGCAAAAUCACACGAGGUUCUGAUCACCGUUGAAGAAGGAUCCAUUGGUGGGUUUGGCUCCCAUGUCGUGCAAUUCCUAGCUCUCGAUGGACUUCUUGAUGGCAAUCUCAAGUGGCGACCACUGGUUCUCCCUGACCGGUACAUCGACCAUGGGGCACCAGGUGACCAGAUGGUGGAAGCCGGUCUCACACCGUCUCACAUUGCAGCAACUGUGCUCAACAUACUGGGACAAAAGAGGGAAGCACUGCAGAUUAUGUCUUAGGUGCAGAGAAGCAAGAAUUGUGCAUCCCUAUAAUCUUAUUACUUAGAGAAAAUGUAUAGAACUGUGAGUGAUGUGGGAAGUGUAGGAAUUUCACUGUAAGCUUCCAGCUUUUGUAUAAAGAGAGAAUGUAUUAGUUCUUUUACAUACCGGAAGAAAGAUUCCAUCCUUUUUGUGGGUUCAAAAGCUUGUGCAGGAAUGUGAUAGCAGUCAUGGUCCAGUUGAGUUAAAUAUCAAAGCUUCUUUCUUUCCUGCAGUUUCAUCAGAAGGGUAUUCACUACUGGUAAUCUGGUAUGACUUUGUAUAUUGUGAUGAAACCAAAGCAGGGAGACACGAUUAUAACAGCUUCUGACUGGCAAAAAGAUGUC